GGCAAGUCUGCUGUUGUGGUAUCCUUUUAAAAUUAAAGUUAGCUAGCAAUGGACAUAGCAACAGGUAAUAUAAAGUGUCAUGGUGUUUCUUCCCUUGGAAUUUAAGAUGAAUAGGUAUUUGAAAACGAAUUGAACACACACACGCACACACACACACACACAGACACACACACACACACACACACACACACACACACACACACACACACACACACACACACACACACACACACACACAAUACAGAGAAUGAAAAUCGCCCUUAACCGCCACCUCCAGCUAUCUUCUGUUCCUCUCCAGCUCCUGCUCUACCUGUCAGCUCUAUACUAUGUCUUCUACUUCCUCUCUACAUUCUGCAUGAUCAUCUACAAGAGUGAGUCACCUUCUGCUUGCACACUGUGUUGGUGUGUUGGUGUGAGAGAGAGAGUGACUAAUUGUCUGUAUUCACGACCACACUGUUUUGUUACAUCAUGUACUCUAGUGAGUGUGGGGACUGUCUGAUUCAGUUCAAAACAUCUUUAUUAUCCCUGAAGCCAGGGCAAGUUUUGUGCAGCAUAAAUACCUAGACAAAGAGACAUUGUAUGUAGGCCUCUUGCAAAGAUGGUCUUAGUCCUGAAACCACAUAAAUGUGGUCUUGUUCUCCAUAGAAAGGGUCUUGGCCUCAAGGUGGCCUGGUCCUAGUCUUGGUCUGGAGCUGGAUAGUUCUGGUCUUGACUCCAUAUCUGGUUUGCUGCCUGUCCUCUAGGUCGUGUGCUGAGCUACCCUGAUGACCUCCUAACUCAGGACGUAGGUUUGCUCUUCAUUAUGGCUGGCCUGGAGCUGCUCCGACUCUACUGUGGUGAGUUGUAGUGGGGGUCUGGUCUGACUACUGUGGUGAGUUGUAGUGGGGAUCUGGUCUGACUACUGUGGUGAGUUGUAGUGGGGGUCUGGUCUGACUCUACUGUGGUGAGUUGUAGUGGGGGUCUGACUCUACUGUGGUGAGUUGUAGUGGGGGUCUGGUUUGACUCUACUGUGGUGAGUUGUAGUGGGGGUCUGACUCUACUGUGGUGAGUUGUAGUGGGGGUCUGGUCUGACUCUACUGUGGUGAGUUGUAGUGGGGGUCUAACUCUACUGUGGUGAGUUGUAGUGGGGGUCUGACUCUACUGUGGUGAGUUGUAGUGGGGGUCUGGUCUGACUCGACUGUGGUGAGUUGUAGUGGGGGUCUUGUCUGACUCUACUGUGGUGAGUUGUAGUGGGGGUCUGACUACUGUGGUGAGUUGUAGUGGGGGUCUGGUCUGACUCUACUGUGGUGAGUUGUAGUGGGGGUCUGACUACUGUGGUGAGUUGUAGUGGGGGUCUGGUCCGACUCUACUGUGGUGAGUUGUAGUGGGGGUCUGGUCUGACUACUGUGGUGAGUUGUAGUGGGGAUCUGGUCUGACUACUGUGGUGAGUUGUAGUGGGGGUCUGGUCUGACUCUACUGGGGUGAGUUGUAGUGGGGGUCUGACUCUACUGUGGUGAGUUGUAGUGGGGGUCUGGUCUGACUCUACUGUGGUGAGUUGUAGUGGGGGUCUGACUCUACUGUGGUGAGUUGUAGUGGGGGUCUGGUCUGACUCUACUGUGGUGAGUUGUAGUGGGGGUCUGACUCUACUGUGGUGAGUUGUAGUGGGGGUCUGACUCUACUGUGGUGAGUUGUAGUGGGGGUCUGGUCUGACUCUACUGUGGUGAGUUGUAGUGGGGGUCUGGUCUGACUCUACUGUGGUGAGUUGUAGUGGGGGUCUGGUCUGACUACUGUGGUGAGUUGUAGUGGGGGUCUGGUCUGACUCUACUGUGGUGAGUUGUAGUGGGGGUCUGGUCUGACUACUGUGGUGAGUUGUAGUGGGGGUCUGACUACUGUGGUGAGUUGUAGUGGGGGUCUGACUCUACUGUGGUGAGUUGUAGUGGGGGUCUGGUCUGACUACUGUGGUGAGUUGUAGUGGGGGUCUGACUACUGUGGUGAGUUGUAGUGGGGGUCUGACUCUACUGUGGUGAGUUGUAGUGGGGGUCUGACUCUACUGUGGUGAGUUGUAGUGGGGGUCUGGUCUGACUCUACUGUGGUGAGUUGUAGUGGGGGUCUGGUCUGACUCUACUGUGGUGAGUUGUAGUGGGGGUCUGACUCUACUGUGGUGAGUUGUAGUGGGGGUCUGGUCUGACUCUACUGUGGUGAGUUGUAGUGGGGGUCUGGUCUGACUACUGUGGUGAGUUGUAGUGGGGGUCUGGUCUGACUCUACUGUGGUGAGUUGUAGUGGGGGUCUGACUACUGUGGUGAGUUGUAGUGGGGGUCUGACUCUACUGUGGUGAGUUGUAGUGGGGGUCUGGUCUGACUCUACUGUGGUGAGUUGUAGUGGGGGUCUGGUCUGACUCUACUGUGGUGAGUUGUAGUGGGGGUCUGACUCUACUGUGGUGAGUUGUAGUGGGGGUCUGACUCUACUGUGGUGAGUUGUAGUGGGGGUCUGGUCUGACUCUACUGUGGUGAGUUGUAGUGGGGGUCUGACUCUACUGUGGUGAGUUGUAGUGGGGGGUCUGGUCUGACUCUACUGUGGUGAGUUGUAGUGGGGGUCUGGUCUGACUCUACUGUGGUGAGUUGUAGUGGGGGGUCUGACUCUACUGUGGUGAGUUGUAGUGGGGGUCUGGUCUGACUCUACUGUGGUGAGUUGUAGUGGGGGUCUGGUCUGACUCUACUGUGGUGAGUUGUAGUGGGGGUCUGACUACUGUGGUGAGUUGUAGUGGGGGUCUGGUCUGACUCUACUGUGGUGAGUUGUAGUGGGGGUCUGGUCUGACUACUGUGGUGAGUUGUAGUGGGGGUCUGACUACUGUGGUGAGUUGUAGUGGGGGGUCUGACUCUACUGUGGUGAGUUGUAGUGGGGGUCUGGUCUGACUACUGUGGUGAGUUGUAGUGGGGGUCUGACUACUGUGGUGAGUUGUAGUGGGGGUCUGACUCUACUGUGGUGAGUUGUAGUGGGGGUCUGACUCUACUGUGGUGAGUUGUAGUGGGGGUCUGGUCUGACUCUACUGUGGUGAGUUGUAGUGGGGGUCUGGUCUGACUCUACUGUGGUGAGUUGUAGUGGGGGUCUGGUCUGACUCUACUGUGGUGAGUUGUAGUGGGGGUCUGACUCUACUGUGGUGAGUUGUAGUGGGGGUCUGGUCUAACUACUGUGGUGAGUGGUAGUGGGGGUCUGACUCUACUGUGGUGAGUUGUAGUGGGGGUCUGACUACUGUGGUGAGUUGUAGUGGGGGUCUGACUCUACUGUGGUGAGUUGUAGUGGGGGUCUGGUCUGACUCUACUGUGGUGAGUUGUAGUGGGGGUCUGGUCUGACUCUACUGUGGUGAGUUGUAGUGGGGGUCUGACUCUACUGUGGUGAGUUGUAGUGGGGGUCUGGUCUGACUCUACUGUGGUGAGUUGUAGUGGGGGUCUGGUCUGACUCUACUGUGGUGAGUUGUAGUGGGGGUCUGGUCUGACUCUACUGUGGUGAGUUGUAGUGGGGGUCUGACUCUACUGUGGUGAGUUGUAGUGGGGGUCUGGUCUGACUCUACUGUGGUGAGUUGUAGUGGGGGUCUGGUCUGACUCUACUGUGGUGAGUUGUAGUGGAGGUCUGGUCUGACUCUACUGUGGUGAGUUGUAGUGGGGGUCUGGUCUGACUACUGUGGUGAGUUGUAGUGGGGGUCUGACUCUACUGUGGUGAGUUGUAGUGGGGGUCUGGUCUGACUCUACUGUGGUGAGUUGUAGUGGGGGUCUGACUACUGUGGUGAGUUGUAGUGGGGGUCUGGUCUGACUACUGUGGUGAGUUGUAGUGGGGGUCUGGUCUGACUCUACUGUGGUGAGUUGUAGUGGGGGUCUGGUCUGACUCUACUGUGGUGAGUUGUAGUGGGGGUCUGACUCUACUGUGGUGAGUUGUAGUGGGAGUCUGGUCUGACUCUACUGUGGUGAGUUGUAGUGGGGGUCUGGUCUGACUCUACUGUGGUGAGUUGUAGUGGGAGUCUGGUCUGACUCUACUGUGGUGAGUUGUAGUGGGGGUCUGGUCUGACUCUACUGUGGUGAGUUGUAGUGGGGGUCUGGUCUGACUCUACUGUGGUGAGUUGUAGUGGGGGUCUGACUACUGUGGUGAGUUGUAGUGGGGGUCUGGUCUGACUCUACUGUGGUGAGUUGUAGUGGGGGUCUGGUCUGACUACUGUGGUGAGUUGUAGUGGGGGUCUGACUACUGUGGUGAGUUGUAGUGGGGGUCUGACUCUACUGUGGUGAGUUGUAGUGGGGGUCUGGUCUGACUACUGUGGUGAGUUGUAGUGGGGGUCUGACUACUGUGGUGAGUUGUAGUGGGGGUCUGACUCUACUGUGGUGAGUUGUAGUGGGGGUCUGACUCUACUGUGGUGAGUUGUAGUGGGGGUCUGGUCUGACUCUACUGUGGUGAGUUGUAGUGGGGGUCUGGUCUGACUCUACUGUGGUGAGUUGUAGUGGGGGUCUGGUCUGACUCUACUGUGGUGAGUUGUAGUGGGGGUCUGACUCUACUGUGGUGAGUUGUAGUGGGGGUCUGGUCUAACUACUGUGGUGAGUGGUAGUGGGGGUCUGACUCUACUGUGGUGAGUUGUAGUGGGGGUCUGACUACUGUGGUGAGUUGUAGUGGGGGUCUGACUCUACUGUGGUGAGUUGUAGUGGGGGUCUGGUCUGACUCUACUGUGGUGAGUUGUAGUGGGGGUCUGACUCUACUGUGGUGAGUUGUAGUGGGGGUCUGGUCUAACUACUGUGGUGAGUGGUAGUGGGGGUCUGACUCUACUGUGGUGAGUUAUCUAUAUCCACAGUAAAACGAGUCCUAUAUUGACAUAACCUGAAAGGCCGCUCAGCAAGGAAGAAGCCAUUGCUCCAAAAUCGGCAUAAAAAAAGCCAGACUACGGUUUGCAACUGCACAUUGGGACAAAGAUCGUACUUCUUGGAGAAAUGUCCUCUGGUCUGAUGAAACAAAAAUAGAACUGUUUGGCCAUAAUGACCAUCGUUAUGUUUAGAGGAAAAAGGGGGGACUUGCUCUGACUCUACUGUGGUGAGUUGUAGUGGGGGUCUGGUCUGACUACUGUGGUGAGUUGUAGUGGGGGUCUGACUCUACUGUGGUGAGUUGUAGUGGGGGUCUGAAAUUUGAGCAAGCCACUCAGCCCCUUAAAGGGCGAUUCCACGGCAGCGGGAGCAGAAAAUAUUUUUUGUAUCUCCGAUUGUUCUGGAAAUUCUCACAUAAAGUACUAGUCAAAAGUUUGGACACACCUACUCUUUCCAGGGUUUUUCUUUAUUUUUUUUUUUACUAUUUUCUACAUUGUAGAAUAAUAGUGAAGACAUCAAAACUAUGAAAUAACACAUAUGGAAUCAUGUAGUAUCCAAAAAAAGUGUUCUGACUGGUACUGUAAUAACUUAAUUGUGAGGAAGGAUGUGUGAAAUACUUGUUACAUUUGUAUCACCAUUUUUUUUUUUUGAAAAUCAUGAUGAAAGUGGACAUUUUAGGCCCUUUUUAGACAAAUACAUGCCUCCUGUAAGACCCUAUGAUCUGUGAACAGUCUAUGAUACAGAUUACAUCUUGAUGUCAUUAUACUCCUUAUAGGGUGCUCUAAAACUAUAGAGUAUGUCUAGAUUCUGAAAUACACAUUUUUACUUUUACUUAUUCAACAUAUUAAUAUUAAUCUCCCUUUUUGCUUAUUUUUUUGACAUAUUGUUUGUAAAAAUAUACUCUUCAAAUUUCCAGAGUGGGCUUUCUGGUACAUUUAAUGAUAUGACCCAUUUCAUACAUAGAAAUUGACAUUAUAGUUCGUUAUAGACAUUAACCAAUCACAGCCCUCCUUUUAGAUUGCACAUUUAGCAAGUCACCAGCAGAGGGAGUUCCCUUUGAAUCCAUUUUCCCAUUCACUGUGUUGGCGGUGCUCAUAAAAAUUGAACAUACCUUCAGAAUUAGCAUAGAGCCCACUCUGGAAAUAUGUGUUCAAAUGAACUGAAUCAAAAAGGGUCGUUUUGAGAUAUUAAUAUUUUUUUAUAUAAAUUAGUACAUUUUAUUGUGAAAUUCUUUGUUUUAUUAUCUAGACAUGACUCCAAGGUGUAGUCUGUAUCAUGUACGGUUCACAGAUCAUAGGGUCUUACAGGGGGCAUGUACAGGUCUAAAAAGGGCCUAAAAUGUCCACUUUCAUCAUGAUUCUCUCCACAAUGGUUUGUAACAAACGUAUAAAGCAUUUCAAACAUCCCUUCCUCCCAAUGAAGUUCCUAUGUGAGAAUUGCCAGAACAAUCUGAGAUACAACUAAAUAUUUUCCAUUCCCCCGCUUGGUGUGGGAUCGCCCUAUGCAGCUCCAGGGGAGUCAUACUAUGUCCCCCCCCCCCUCUCCAGGUGUGAGGGGUAACCUGCAGGAGACUGAAGGUUAUAUCUGGGUUAACCUGGCCAUGACGGCGGCUACGGCACUGCUGUCUGUCUACUUCCUGGUAUGGCAGCUGUACGUGAUGCAUGCUGACGUCAUCAUCAACUCCAUUCUGCUCAGUGUCUACGGACUGGGAGGG